CGGGGGCGCUAGAAUUACUUGUUUUCCUGAGUUUACAAGAAUGCCUGAUCCAGCAAAAACCGCGCCCAAAAAGGGCUCUAAGAAAGCCGUCACCAAGACCGCUGGAAAGGGAGGAAAGAAGCGCAGAAAGUCCAGGAAGGAGAGCUACGCUAUCUACGUGUACAAGGUCUUGAAGCAAGUGCAUCCUGAUACUGGCAUUUCAUCAAAGGCUAUGGGCAUCAUGAACUCCUUUGUUAAUGAUAUUUUCGAGCGCAUUGCUGGCGAGUCUUCCCGUUUGGCUCAUUACAACAAGCGUUCUACCAUCACUUCAAGGGAGAUUCAGACCGCUGUGCGCCUUCUGUUGCCAGGAGAGCUGGCCAAACACGCAGUAUCUGAGGGCACCAAGGCCGUCACAAAGUAUACCAGCUCAAAGUAAACCGACGUGCCACAGAUAUUGAACCAAAGGCUCUUUUAAGAGCCACCCACACAA